ACUAGAUCCAGGUCGUUGUAGAAGUAAUGAUGAAAAUGGAGAAAGUUUUUCGAUCCUGGAUCUCGGGGACGAUAGAAUGAGUGAACCGAGAUCCUUGGUGGACUAGUCCUUGAAUAAUCCAUUCCCGUUUCCCACAGCCGUGCUGCGGUAGAAAAAUAUUGAUCAAGUCAUGAUUUUUGCUUUCUUCGCUUGUUAUGCUUUCGCUAUUGUUGCUCUAUCUCCAUACCGUUUCCGUUGAGUCUCCCACCACGACGCUAUUUGUCCUGGCGUUCCAUCCUUUACCUUGAGUCCAUAACUGAAGACCAAGCCCACAACAACAUGCUCCGUUCCUCCAUGACUUCCUCGAGUAGCUCCAGCACAGGAGCAUGCUCCACAACACAUGAACAACUCUUCGACGAACUAGCGCCUUCGUUGCAGCGGAUCAAUCGCGUUUUGGGUGGUGAGCUCCAGGUGACUCGAAUCCAGACUGUAGAAGACGUACCUGUAGCGAUCAAUCAGCUCAUAUCCAAGCUCACGGCAUCCAGGGACGCGUAUUCAAGGGCCAAACGAAGUGUUGAUCAGUUGGAGAAGGAAAAACAGGGUUUAGAAGGGGAUGUGGAGAAAUUGAGGAGGCAGGUAUUUUUGAAUACUUAGACCUCGUGGUCCAAUCAGAAAUUCAGUAGAGGCUACAAUUUGGCUACUUCAAGCAGUAUGAAUGAUCGUCAUGCUAAUGUCUAAAUCGUAAUUUCUUUGACUGCAACAACUUCCACGUCCAACCAAGAACAAGAACAAAAGAAUGUACUCGUUGUAUGCGAAAAGUCCAAAAAAUAAUCAAGGUCCGCGAUCUGAAGCUUAGCCAUGAGGCAGCUGAACGCAACCGAGCUGUCGAACGUGAAGCAGCUAAGAAGAAAGUAGUCGAGCUACAGAGACAAAAAGACCAGAUAGACCGAACAAGUAAAUUGUGGGAGAAGAAGUACAAUCUCUGCGCGAAGGAGCUAAAGCAAAGCGAAAAACGAUAUGGCGACCUGCGGAUGGGCAUCGUGAUUUCUUCGACAACAGCUCCUUCUUCAUCGUCGGGAAAUACAACGCAGAAGAAAAACUAUACUGGUCACAGAAGUUGUACUGGGAUGGCAUCAACAUCAAGUGCAUCUUCUACUGCCAUGUCACCAUCUUCAUCAUCUUCUUCAAAUUGCCAACAGCAUCAACAACUAGCAAAUGAAGGAACUCCAUCUGGUGCCAGCUCCUCAUCCUCUUCUAGCUCCACUCUAGAAGAGCGUCUAGCGACCCGCACUAGGGCACUCCGGAGUACAGAGGAAGACCGUCAGGCGCUGGCCUGGCAGAACCGCGAGUUACAGAUGGCUGUGUUUGAACUAGAGGAACGCGCAGAGAUAUACUCACGUCAAAUAGAUUUGUUACAGCAACAGAACACGAAUAUUAGAAAUGGUGAACAAGGAGUCAAUUCGAUAAAUGGAGAAGCAACUACGUCGAACUCGAAGGCCGUUCUUACGCAGAAACAAGAACGAUCAGCAGCCUUAUUUUGUGAUCAUUCUCCAGAAGUGCCGCAAAACGCAACAAGUACUAGCGUCAUCAACAAGGUGCAGGAUCUUGUCGCAGCACAGGUACCAAUAAGAACAGUAAGAGAGGAGGCGACCACUAAUCUUAAGGGUAGGUUAAAGGUGCUUUUCUUAUACCGCUUUUUAUGCCUCUCUCCCUUAGGAGGAGAAAGGCAUAACAAGCGGGGUAAGCGAGCACCAAAAACCUACCUCUAAUAUUAUUCCAGUAUCGACAAUGGAACUACAAACAUCGUCUUUCUCGUCACGACCACCCGUUCAGAGCCACGCUCAGGAAGAGGCUCGUCUUUCCGAGCAAGCUAUUGCAACUACAAGCACCCAGUUCUUAGUGUCGGUCUUGGAGGCUAUGAAAAAGAACCCUGGAUCCGAUACUGCUGCGUCCCUGGAAAUAGCAAAAAAAGUCGAAACAUCAAUCAUUGCGGAGGAGCAGAGCUACGGUCACCAGGAGACACCAGGCACAACACCAGGAGACUUCAACACAAGAACGCCCAAGAAGAGUUUAAGCAAAAUGGUGAACAAAAAUGCAUCUGCUUCUACACCAACAUCAUCUAGUUGUACCUUAGCAGGUGUCGACUCAUCUCCUCAGAAACUCCGCCUAGCAAUUCAAGGCGCGGUCCGUAGUAAAGCGGUAGCAGAUGCCAUCUGUAACGCUUUGAAGUUGGAUGGAGCAGGAAAUUUGGUAGUUGGGAGUAGUUCUUGUAGCUCACCAACACGACGACCUCCGCAUCUUCAUCAGACCCGCGAUAUUAAGGGUUACCACAUUGCAUUCUUCACUACCAUCCUUGACGUUUUUUCCAGUAGGAAAAGGGUCAGGGAUGAUCUGAAGAUAGUAAUGUUCACGCAACCUCUAACGAUAGUAAUGUUCACGCAUUACAUCUGGGACAACGAACGAUGGAUCGAAAGUCGACUAGACCAACAGGUAGUCCUGCGAAACAUGACAGGAUGACGGCUUCCGCUAUAUUGACACCAAGAAGGGCUACUUCAGGCGGCUGCGCUUCCUCUUCUAGUACAACAGGCCAGGCUGCAUCAAGACCUGGUGACGAAGCAAGCAAGAACGGCGAGGAGAUGUCGCACCUACUGAGUUCCUAUAGCCAUAGCGGUACAACUGAUCAUGUACAAUCUUUACGUGCUCAAGUUUCUGGUCUGCGAGGUGAAAUCCUAAAAGAGCUCUCCUCCCCACCUAGAGCGUCGCUUUCGCUGGUCAACAAAGCUGACUUCGAGUUACGAGACAUCUUGGCAAAAGCGGAUAGAUUGGCGAAGGUGGAUGAAGCGAGAAGUUCUUAUUCGGGUAAAAAUGAUGAAGAGGAUGAGGAAGAUGACCAUAUUAGAGCUGUAGCAGCAUGUGCAGAGAUGAGGACGAUAGAAGAAACGACAUCUUCAAGAACAACAUCACCACAACUACAAGAUGUGAAGAAGCCUCCAUCUCUCAGUCGCGAUUUGCAAGAAGUUGAUGCGAUGCGGGCUUUCAUGAGGAAGUUCGCGGAGGCGCGGGGUGUAGAGGUGGAAGAUGACGUCGAAGUCGAAGACGACGAUCAUCCUGUCGAAGAAGAUGCUGAAGACGUUGAUCAUCCUGGUGUCGAAGAAGAUGCAGCUGAAGACGACGACGACGACUCAGUGAUGAAGGACAAGAGAGCACCAGUAGUAGAGUUCGUAGCAGCUGCUCCACGGAACGACAACGCAGACGAAGUCGAAGACAUUCUUGAUGAAGCUGUUGCGCAAGAGCCUGAUGAAGUCGCGAGUUCAAUAGCUGGCCCUUAUGAGUUUGUCAACGAAGUACGUGAGGUGGAUAUCAAGAAAUCUCAUUCUCUUCAAGGUUCAGAAGUUCACCAUGCUCCCACAGGAGCCUCCCAUCGUCGCCUAUCAUCGUCCCAAGAAGAGGAACAACAUCAUCAGCCUGAGGACAUCAGUCUCAGGUCCUCUGACGUCCUGUUUGCCUCUGUGCGAGACCACAAUUCUACGACGUUUUCUGUCAACGGAGGUCCUAGGACUUCCUCUGCCUUCGGAGAUGCGUCGCGAAUUCUAGGUGCAAUGGAUGUUAAGGGUAGGUUAAAGGUGCUUUUGUUAAUACCGCUUGUUAUGGCUCUCUCCCUUAGGUGGGGACAGCCAUAACAAGCGGGAUAAACGAACACCAAAAACCUACCUCUAAGGAUGUGUCACGGAUUUCUCAAGAGCACACCGUGUUUCACUCACUUGAUCAGGGACUGCCCUCACAACAUUCUCUUGGAGUUGGAGGAGGCCCCUCGUCUAGCUCCCUGGGAUCACAUCCUCUGGGGGUACACUGCUCUAGUUCCAUUGGAGGUCAACAACAACAACAACAACAACAUCAUCGUUACGAACCCGCCUCGAGGCCAGUUCAGUUACACUACAAAGAACAAGAAUGCUCUACGUCUGGCGAAGUUGGUGACGACACGUGUUCAAUGAGAAGUGUGCAUGAAGAAGAGGACCACGACACGUGUUCCAUGAGAAGUGUGCAGUUAGUAGAUUCACAUUCAGAGGAAAAAACUACACACCUCUCUGACGUGGAACCGACAAUACCGACAGCGGCAGGUGGUUUUGCAGAUGUCGAAGCAAGACUUGGUCUAGUCUACUGCAGUGGUACGGGUCGAGUAGAUAUAAAUCCGGAACCUACGGAGGAGGUCACAGGUGCUCGUAAUGAUGAAGAAAAUGCCCCGAGUGUCGAUGGCGUUCAUCGUGUUGAAGUCGCCUCAGAAGAAGUGGAGUCCUACACCGCUCUGCUCGAUUCUGUCGCAAACACUACACAACAUGUGCCUUGUGAUUCCGAAACCGAUGCGGAGCCGACGUUUCAUGUUGUAAAAGAACAACUUCUACCGGUGAAAGUAGACGCUGCUGAAGCAAUAUUUGCAGAUGAAAACCACGAACAGGAGAAUGAAGAUGACAUAGUACUCGCCGAGGAAGACGAAGAACAAGAAGAACCUUCCCCUUCGCGCUUCGCAGGUGCACUGAGUAGUCUGCUGGCAACAAAAUGCGCUGAUAUGCGUGCCUCGCCGCUGAUUAUGGAAACACCGCUGAUUAUGCAAAGAUCUCAAGAAGAACUGGGCGUUGAAGGAGGUGAAGUUAUGUCACAGAGUGAUUCCCAGCUAGCGGAGGAAGUCGUGCAAGAACAAGCAGCUCCCACAACAGCAAUAGGUCUACUCGAAAACCCAGGUGUAGAGGAAGUCUAUUUAGUAGAUGAACAAGUACUUGUUCACGAUGAGCAUGAGGGCGUCGAAGAUGAACAAAUAGACGCACCCGCCGAACGAAGUUCUUCUUCUAGCAUCUUCUUACGAAGCCCUCCAACACCUAAGGAACCUUCUGACGACCUGGACAAAAUCACUUCAUCAACGUCGAUGUCCUCCACCGCUGCCGCUGUGGCUCAGAAGAAUCUCGAUGAGCAAGACCAAGAGCAGGAAGUGGCUAGUCCGACAAAGAUAAGGACCUCUGUUAGCAACACCAACCCUAAUGCAAGCGCUUCUCCUCUGAGGCAAAGUCAAAUGGAGAUUCUGCAGAAACUGCAGCGUCUACGUGCACAAGUUCAAAACGAUCAGAAAAAGGAAUAUCAACAAUCUUCUAGUAAGUCACAGACAGGAGCUUCUAGUAAAGGGGUUGUUCCUUCGCAUACAGCUGCAAAAGCAAGGAACUCUGGUGGUGGUGAGAACAAGGAUAUUGGUGGUCCUCCUGAGAUGAAGAUGACCAGCACCUCAAGCACAGGCUCACCAUCAGGACCACGCGCAGGGACACAAGGGACUACUGGUUCCGCUUCGUCAAAAGUGAAAAAACGACCAUCACCGGCAACAACGAGUCGUGCUAGUAUCACUACUACAGCUAGUAACAAGAAAAAAGAAAAACUCUACACUCCAUCAGAAAUCGCGGCAGUGCGUGCGCAGAGUCGGAUACACAGCUUGCCUGAACAAAAGGCAGUUUCCUCCUCUGGGAGUUGUAACAAAUCCAGCAAUGUUGCUCCUGGGAACACGGCGUCAUCAACGUCUACCAGAAAUACCAAUGCCAGGUCAAGAAUAGACACCAACAAGUACAAUGCUACAGUUGUAACUUCGAACAAACUGGAUACUACAACAACUUCUACCUCUACUAAUACCUCUACCUCUACAACUAAGCCGAUCAUAACUGCAAAAGCUGCAAACAGAACGAAGAAGCAUUUUUAUCCCACAGCAUCAGAUUAUACGUACACGACUAGUAGUACUAAGUCCAAACUCCUCCAAGAAACUCCGAGUCGUUCACCUGUGGAUGACGUUGCUCGGCUCUUCUGCGGACCGCCUAGUCCUGAGGAGGUUGACGCAUAUUUUGACCGAGUACAUGGACAACUUGACGAUUUGCUGAAGGAUGCUGGAGAGUGAGAAAUAGGGGCUUAUGAUAUUUAGAAACUAACUUGAUUGUUACUAGCGGCUAGUUAUUUAACUGAAGCAAGUAGGAGAAGCACUCUAAAAAUGUGGUAGUGGUUUGGUUGAAUGACGU